CGACAGCGCGUCGUCGACGACGACGAGGGUUACAACUGGCACUCCGAGAAGAGCCAUCCCGUGCUAGACACUCAAGGUAAACGGGUCGGCCUCAUCGACCAUCUUUCCUUUGGGAUCAAGAGGCCUGGAGCAGCCAGAACCAGGGUUGGGUGGUGCAUGAAGGAGUACGGCCUCGACCACGAGGACGAACAAGACGGUGCGGCCGGAAUGGUCCUAUGCAAGAUCUACGUCUCAACCCACAAGAGGGAGAUUACCUACGCGUCGGUAAUCAACGCCCCUGGUUCCAAGAAGAAGAGGAAGGCGGCCGCCGAGGUCCAACAUCCGGAGGCUCCACGUCCCAAAACCCCACGCCGCCAAGAAAUGACCAUCCAACAACAAGAUGCCGCCGGCGGGACGCUUCGGGAGUUCGAGCGUUCGUUCAUGUCCGACCAAGACGACGAGACGUUGCCCCCCGGAGUAGUGGACGACGGCAGCGUGGAUCCAGGCGGGUUUUUCACCGACAUGCUUCCAGAAUUAGGACCGACGCUCCAGGGAAAUACUAAGGCGGCCGAGCAUGGCAGCGACUGUACAUUGGAGGAGUCCUUAGCCGGCGAACAUGGCGACGUUCACCAAGGCGUCGAGACGGUGGAGGAGGAUGACGGCAGCUUCCAAUGCACGUGGGAGGAGCUGUUCGGCGACGACAUGGAAGUGGCAUGCCCUGCCCCGCCGACGGCGUCGUUGCACGUGAGGACCGAGUGUCCGUGUGUGUGAAGGAAAGUGCGGAAUUUGCACCCGAGUAUGCGUGUAUGUCUUGUUGACUGCACAUUGUUGAUGAACAAGCCAUGCAUAUAUGUGCAGCAGAUUAAGUAAUUGAUAUUCUUUUAUCAUAUAUUCAUAUUAGACUACGUAAUGAUUAGUGAUACAAUUCCUCUGUUCCUAAGCGUGAAAUAAAUA